AUGACGGGUGCUACAGUGGGCGCCCAUGGCGCAGAACACGGCGUUGUCCAAAACAACAUCCAUGGCGUCCCGCAUGGCCCGCAUGGCAUCACCAACCACAGCCACGACCUGCUGAGACGGGCCACCCAGGCCGUGAUGUCGUCGAGUUUGGGACCGCUCGUCUCGCCGUUCCCGUUCUUCGUAUUGCCCCUUUAUUUUGCUAUCCCUCUGAUCCCCCGCCCCUGUUAUAACGGAACACGAGAAUCCCAAAUACAUCCGCUCUUGUGA